AUUGUCUCAUUCAGUUCGUCCAGUUGGACCCUACCGGAGCCGGUAUUACGGGUCGGUGAUCGCACUAUUUACACACACGGGCGACCCCCGUGGUAUGAUACUGAAGGUCAAGCACAGGAACCAUUUGUGAUUGGAAUUUGUGGGGGUAGUGGAAGUGGGAAAACGACAGUUGCUCGUGCGAUCAUCGAAUCUUUGGACGUGCAAUGGGUCAGUCUGCUCAGUAUGGAUUCCUACUACAAGGCUCUUACGCCAGAAGAACGAGCCAAUGUGGAAGAUUACAACUUUGAUCAUCCAAAUGCUUCGGACAUUGAUCUACUGUAUCAUCAUCUGUUGCGGUUACGCAGUGGGAAGAGUAUAGAAGUGCCCGAGUACGACUUUGUGACACAUUCACGUACCUCGAAGACGAAAACACUCUACGGUGCGAAUGUAAUCAUUGUUGAAGGUAUCUUGGCCUUCUACUCUCCUCUAGUCACCAAGGUUAGCGCAAUUGUUUGUGAGCUGUUGUCCAGGUGUUUUCAAUUCUCUUGCAUUGUUGAUACAUCGUGCUAA